AUGGCGUCGCGACGAGCCAAGCAUCCCUGUUCGUGUUCAGCGACUCGCUGGUGGACGCCGGCAACGACGACGCGCUCCCCGGCGCUCUCGCCAGGGCCGACUACAUACUACCCCUACGGCCUCGACUUCCCGCCGCGGGGCGCCGCCACCGGCAGGUUCUGCAACGGCAAGACCGUCGUCGACGCCCUGAGUCAUCGUCAUCUUUCUUCAGGUGACCUGCUGGGCCUCGAGUACGUGCCGCCGUACACGACCCCCGGCCUCAACGGGACGGCGUUGCUAGGUGGCGUCAACUACGCCUCCGCAGCUGGGGGAAUCCUCGACGAGACAGGCCGCCACCUGGGUGACAGGUUCAGCCUGAGCCAGCAGGUGCUCAACUUGGAGAGCAACCUGAACGCUAUCAGGUCCCAGUUCGGUGACGAAGACGACCGGAGCGGCUACGAGCGGCACCUCGCGAGGUCGGUGGCCGUCAUGGUGCUGGGCGGCAACGACUACAUCAACAACUACCUCCUCGCGCCGCUCUACGACUCCGGCGACAGGUACACACUCGACGAGUACGCCGGCCUCCUGCUCGACCUCUACGCCCGCCAGAUACUGGUAAGUCUGCCGGCCUCACUCACUACUCACUAGCUAGCUGACCGAUUAUUGUGUCACUAGCUGCCAAUCCACGUCAUCAGCUGACCGAUUGCUACUACAGCGACGACGGCUUUGCAGGCUCUGUUCAGUGUUGGGCUGAAGAAGUUCCUCCUGGCCGGUGUGGGGCCGCUCGGCUGCGUCCCCAACCUUAGGAUGAUGAUGGCCCCACAAGCUGAAGCAGGCCACACUACAAGAAAAUAGCUUAAUUUCGUUGGUCCGAGACUGUUGAAAACAUAUAUUUUCAUCAGUCGGCCAGGUGAUCAACUAGAUGGUGAGAUUCUUCGACCGAGGGCUCGGAUCACUCGUUGACCAGCUCAACGCCGGCCACCCCGACGCCGCCUUCGUCUACGCCAACACCUAACGCAGGACAUGAUCACCAGCCCUACCAAAUACGGCCGGUAUACAUCAUAUGAACUGUACGAGGCCGGCCGAGCCUGCACGUAAUUAAGAGAGAUUGAUGUACUACCGUCGAAGAUGAUCGCCGAUCGUCAACGGCGCAUUCAUGGCUGCAGGUUUUACGGUGGUGGACAGCGGGUGCUGCCAAGAGCUGGAGGAGAUCAUCACCUGCCUGCCGUUGGUGGAGUCGUGCGACGACCGCGACGAGUACGGACGCUUACCAUGCAUGCAGCCGACGCAGGCCGCCAACCUGGUGCUCGCCCAGAGGGCCUUCAACGGCACGCCGGAUCACGUCUACCCUGUCAAUCUCCAGCAACUGGUGGCUAGCCUAUAGACCACGCAUGUAAAAUCUGACCGACCUGCAGCUUGGUCAAGUACCUAUGUACUGUAA